AUGCACUCGUCUCUCGGCUUCUCAAGUCAGUACGCGUACGACUCUGGCGCCCUCCUCUUCGACAAGCUGGACCGGAACGCCUUCGAAGAGGCCCAGCAGCGCGACGACACCGCCACCCGAUCCUUCUCCAACGUCCCCAUCAUGAACUCCCAAGGCAAAUGUCUCUUCGUAGACGAGCUGUCGGGUGACUCUAGAGCCAACCUGACGCCCAUCCAGAUUGGAGAUUGUGGCAGCAGCAGCAGCAGCAGCAAGACCGAGGGUCAGGGGUGGGACAUCAUCACCUCGGGCGAGCACGACGACCGUGACGAUCGCAUCCUCAUCGUGAGCACGCUCACCCAGGCCUGCUUCAACGCCGACCCCCGACGCCCCGAGGGCUCGCAGGUCAACCUCUUCUCGUGCGGGGGCCGGGCCGACGGCGGUGGAGAGGUGACUGACUCGCAGCUCAUGGCCACGGACGGGUCGCCGGCGCGGUUCAGGCUGUCGCCCGAUAACGGGGACGGGUACUGUCUCACGGCCGGCGGGGAGGCAGUCGACAUCGAGAGGUGCGAUGAGAAUGCCGACGAGCAGUGGUUCAGUCUGGGCGGAGACGGGUCCAGCACCACCACGGCCGCUGCCGCUCCUGCUCCUACUGCUACCGCUGCCACUCCUACGUCCGGGGGAGCUGCUCCUGCCAUGGCCGGCGUCGACACCGCCACAGCAUCGCCCACCGCGGAGCCUUCUUCCGCCGCCGCCGCCGCCGCCUCGUCGGGGACACCGGCGGCGACGGCGACGGGAGCGUCAUCGUCCGCAGACGCGGACUCCACCGCCGCCGUCUCCCGCGCAGGAGGCAACCUGAUCCCAACCGCCGUGGCCGAGGCCCAGGAAUUCGACGACACGGCUACCCGUCCGGUGCAGGGCGUCCACAUCCGCUCUCCCGACGGGCGGUGUCUCUCCGUCGACGCCACGGCCGGCGACUUCCGCGAAAACAUCAUCCCGGUGGACAUGGCGACGUGCUCGGCCGACGAGGCCGGUCAGAAAUUCGACAUCGUCACCGCGGGGAGACACGAUGAUGCGACGCUCGGAGAGGCCUUGGUCGUGAGCGCCCUGACCAACGGGUGCAUCAGCUUCGACGCCAGACGGGCAGAGGGAGACACCGUCACCGUUUUCUCGUGUGGUGGGAGAGCUGAUGGUGGAGGCCAGACGGACACGGCGCAACUGUAUCCGUUCAAGAAGGGGGAUGACUCCGUGACCCUGGAGCCCACCUCUGGGAAUGGGGAGGUCUGCUUAGUGUCUGGUAGCACGAGGCUUGAAUCCGGGAGCUGCGACGGUAGCGAGACGUUUGAUCUGGUCCAGAACAUUUAG